GCGUACUAAUUACAUCCUCCUAGUCUCCCCUGCCACAGGUUUCCAAUUGAUUGCUCGCUAGGAAACUCAGGUGGGACCUGAGGCUCAGACGUCCCCUGCUGGUAGGUGGGCGCAUGCGCCGCGCGCGCUCUCGCAAACUGGCCCGGGGCGAGUAGAGCUGCCAGAAACUUUUGCCAUAUGAAGUUGAACAUGGCAGAAGAAGAGGACUAUAUGUCAGAUUCCUUCAUUAAUGUCCAACAAGACAUCAGACCAGGAUUGCCAAUGCUGAGGCAGAUCCGAGAAGCCCGUCGAAAAGAAGAAAAGCAACAGGAAGCUAAUUUGAAAAAUAGACAGAAGAGUUUAAAAGAAGAAGAACAAGAAAGACGUGACAUUGGGUUGAAGAAUGCACUAGGCUGUGAAAACAAAGGGUUUGCUCUGCUCCAAAAGAUGGGAUAUAAAAGUGGUCAGGCCCUUGGCAAGAGUGGAGAUGGUAUUGUUGAGCCAAUUCCUCUCAACGUCAAAACAGGGAAAAGCGGCCUUGGUCAUGAGGCAUUACUGAAACGGAAAGCAGAGGAAAAACUAGAAAGCUACAGGAGAAAGAUUCACAUGAAAAACCAAGCUGAAGAAACAGCCGCAGAGCAAUUUCGACUGCGAUUUAAACAUAAGCAUGAUGAAGUGAAGCUGGAAGGGGACCUGAGGAGAAGCCAGCGAGCAUGCCAGCAGUUGGAUACUCAGAAGAACAUUCAGUUUCCCAGGGAAGCAUGGUACUGGUUGGGGCUUGAAAAGGAGACUGAGGAAGAGGAAGAGGAAGAAAAAGAGCCAGAUGAAGAUGAAUAUAAGAGUGAAGACUUAAGUGUACUGGAAAAAUUACAAAUAUUGACUGGUUAUUUAAGAGAAGAGCAUCUGUAUUGUAUUUGGUGUGGAACAGCCUAUGAAGAUAAAGAAGACCUCUCUUCAAAUUGCCCAGGACCAACUUCGGCAGAUCACGACUAAGAUUAUUCUCAAUAAAGUAGAAACUUGGGAAAUGUUUCCUAAAAAUAGACAAUUGGACAGUUAGAAUUCCCACAUUAUGCCUAAAGAAAGAGGGCCUUUUAUAUGUUGUGUUCUUUUUGUAACUUUGGAAAUACUUUGUACUUUAUAGUUGUUCAUAGACUUCAGAAAAAUAACGGAAUGCUAUUUCAGAACACCAGUGUUACAGACACGGGCAAUUACAAUUCAAGACUCGAUUGUGAUGCUUCUGGGGCUUAAGGAUACCUCUCUUAUUCCCCUCUUCACUUUGGAUCAAAUUGAGAAGUAAGACAUGGGAGUCAGAGAGAGCUCAAAGUGUUGGCUUUAUUUAUCAUCAGUGAAGCUGGAGUAGAGAGCAAGGUUGACUUGUUCUCCUGUCAGGCUCCCUAAAAUAUCUCCCCGCCUAGACGCAACUACAGACCUCUGCCUCACCAGGGAUAGAGCCCACCUUUGCAUUCUGAGACCAUUCAGCUUUCAAGGUGAGAGAACCCACCAGGGGCUGGGCCACACAUGC